AUGACGACAGCGACUAUAGCAAUGGCAGUCAAACUCAGAGAUAGCUGUCACGCUUGUGCCUCAUCGAAGCUCCGAUGUUCCAAGGAGAAACCGACGUGUUCACGGUGCGCCAAGAGAGGCAAGGUAUGCGAGUAUUUUGCUACACGACGGGCCGGGAGAAAACAUGCGAGAAAAUCGACAACUCGGCCAAGCACGGUACCAUCUCUCCCCACGCCGUCGCCAACCUUGAUGCAGCCGUCCAAAGGCACCACUCCGGCAUCAGGCACAAUUCAAGUAUUCCUGGAUCAGUAUCAUGGCAACUAUGCUGAUUCUAUACCAAGUCCCAUUGCCUCGGCCGAAACGCCACUCUUGAGCGAGCCAACUCCCGCCGCCACGGACAUGAAUUUCGACGACUGCUUUGCCUCGCCUAUAGAUAUAUGCGUCUCGGGAGGGCCAGACGCCUGCAGUCACCCAGAGGACUACCUCGGAUCGUGGGAUCUGAGUUACUCGCUCGAUCCGACAACUCUCUGGACCGAGGUGCCCGACAAGUCGACUUCGCUUCUUGAUGACGCAUUACAAGUAUCCCCCAACCACCUUGGACCGCAGGCUUCGCUCUCCAUGCCGCAGUCAGCGGCAAGUUGGCAGCAGCAACAAGGACAACAAGAGUUGAAGGCGACGCUUCAAGGGUCCUCGUGCGACUGCCUCAACCAAACUCUCGCGCUCUUGAGCCAACUUUUCCAGACUUCUACCACUGCGGCUUCUGGCUCCAGUUCUCCGACCGGAGGCCAAGCAGGAGCUUCCAGAAGCAGUCGACCCUCGCCCUGCCCCCUCAACGGCUCCUUCGCAGACAGUGAGCAUGCCAUCGAGUCCAUCGACACCAUGCUGCAGUGUCCCUGCGCCCAGGACGGCUAUCUACUCGCCCUCAUGUCGCUCAUUGUGUUCAAGGCGCUGGCCUGGUACGAGAACGCGGCCCGACAACCACCCGGGAGAGCCGACCCGGUGGACAGCAUCAGCAAGGCGGGCGGUCUUGAUGACGGCAGCCACCAGAGCAGGCUGGCGGCGCAGUCUGUUCUCGGCAAACUCUAUCGAGUGCAGGGACUCAUCAACACCAUAUCGCAGCGGCUCAAGGCGCGGAAUCACCAGGGGGCACUAGACGUGGCAUCAAACAAUUCACUUGCGAGGGACAGGCGAGAGGCAAGCGGUGGCGACGGUGCGACACUGCCCUUUUCUGCUGCUCUUCUUGACCAACUAGAGGUGGAUCUUCGCAGACGAGUGCGGGCUGUAUCAUCUUGUGUUGUAGAUAUUUUACGGCAUUCAUAG